CCGCAUCGCCUCCUUCCGCGUCUGUUAUCCUCCUCCUUUUCUAGGGUUCGGGUUAACGUUUCUUCCGUGACAAGAAUCCUAUUCCUCCUCAUCUCCGUCUUCCAAUCUCAAUUACUCCCUCCUCUUUCUCUCUCGAAUCGAGUCGAUCAUGGAGAUCGAAUGCUUGAAGGAGUUUCCCCACCCUCUGAUGGAUCGCCGGCCCCGGAAGCGCCCGAGGUUAGGGUGGGACGUUGACCCCCUUACCGCGGCCAAGGCUCAAAUAGGUAUCUUAUGUGGACAAGAAGUUAACUUGAAGAGCUUGGUUCCUUCGGGGGGUGCUUCAGAUCACACUUGUGCAUCCCAGUCUGCAAAGGAUCAGGAACGAGAUGCUUCCCCUCCUUGGAGAGGAGAUGAUAAAGAUGGGCAUUACAAGUUUGAACUUGGAGAAAAUUUAACCUCUCGCU